AUGGAUCAUGGACGCGGAUUUCCUGCCACUGAUGUCCCACCUGCUGCUGCCCUGCCAACUGCUGCCCCACCUACUGCUGCCCUGCCUGCUGCUGCCCUGCCUGCCGCUGCCCUUCCUCCCAGUGUCCUGCAUGCUGAUGCCCCACCUGCUGUUGUCCUACCUGUUGCUGCCCUGCCUACUAGUGCCCCACCUACUGUUGUCUCUCCUGCUGCUGCCCUGCCCACUAUUGUUCCACCUGCUGUUGUCCCACCUGCUGCCUCGCUUGCUGCUGCUUCGCCUGCUGCUGCUUUGCCUGAUACUGCCCCACCUGCUGUUGUCCCACCUGCUGCAGCCCCACCUGCUAUAGCCCUGCCUGCUGCUGCCCCACAUGCUGCCCUGCAUGCUAGUCUUUUCUCUGUUGCUGCCCUCUCAUUCUCUGUCCUCUUUGCCGUGGUCUUUGUUGCAAUCCUCCCUGUUGCUACCUUGUGUGGUGAUGCCCUUCCUACUUGUCGACUCCCAGUGGCUGCUAAUUUCCUCUCUGCUGCCGUGGCUGCCUCCUCAACUGUGGCAGCUGCUGCCUCUCUUCCCCUCCUUCUGCUGCUGCUCCUAGACUUCCUGCUGUGCCCAACCCCUCUCCUAAUGUGGCUGCUGCCUCCCUCCUUGUUGCUGCUGAGCCCCCUCCCAGUUGCUGCUGCCUCCCCUCAUGCUGUUGCGGCUGCCUCCAACCCCUCUCUUGAUGCUGCAGCUCCCCUCCCUCCCCCUUCUACAACUGCCUCUUGCCCUGUGCUGCCAUUGCUGCUGUCUCACCCUCCACCCCCUUGCCACUACUGCCUCACUCCCUGUUCUGCCCCCCUUGCUGCUGGUUUGGCUCUCUCCCCCUCUGCCGCUGUUCUGCAACCUCCCUCCCCACUGCUGCCUCUGCCUCCUCCCCAUCUCACCCUGGCUGGGGCUGCCCCCCUCCAAAUACUUGAUGUUGCUGGUUCUGCCGCCCCUACCCCCCUUCUAGGUGCUCCCUGUUGCUUUCCAUCAUACGCAUCUUUCGAGUAUGAAUAA